ACCGUAAUAUAAUGAAAAAGAGUUGACUACGGUGAUGAAAUACAAUUUAGCUUUUCAUUAUGAUCUAGUAGUUGAAUUAUUUAAAAAUUCAUUCUUACAAAUUAAAAAUUUUAUAGCUAUGAACAUUUUUAUUAAUACCAUUAAUUUAAUUAUUUUAGUUAUGUUAUUUUUUAACUGAAAUAAUCUAUUUCUGCAAACAUAUGUCGUAUCCAAAUUAUUCACUAUUAGAGAAGUUUUCUGUAUUGGUAUAGAAUGUUUAAGAGAAUUGUUGGUUUGGGUUUAACUAGUGGAGUGACAGCUACAGCAAUAUCUUAUUAUGAUAAUGGGUUAAAUGUUAAUUCUAUUGGUAUUGUGAGAUUGGGACGUGCAGCAAUUACAGGGUUACGUGUUAUUGUACAUUAUAAAACUACUCUUUAUGCUCCAUCUGUGAAUAAAACAUUACCAAAUUAUCAAGAAAUUAGAUCUAAGGCUCAUAAAAAAGGAGCUGAACUAUUACUUCAGUUAUGUUACUCUAAUAAAGGUGUUUAUGUAAAAAUUGGACAACAUAUUGGAGCUUUAGAAAAUCUUUUUCCAAAAGAAUAUACUGAAACUUUAAAAGUACUUCAUAGCAAUGCACCAAUUACCCCAUUGUCCCAAAUUUAUAAAGUUAUAGAAGAAGAUUUGAAACAAGAUGUCAAUGAGAUAUUUAGUGAAAUAGAUCCCAAACCUCUUGGCGCUGCUUCAUUAGCUCAGGUUCAUAAAGCAAAGCUAAAGUGUACUGGAGAAAAAGUAGCAAUAAAAGUACAACAUUCAUAUGUUCAUGGAGAUGCUAGUUUAGAUAUAGCAAUUAUUGAAGGUAUGGUAAAAAUUGGUUCUAUUAUUUUUCCUGAUUUUCGAUUUCAAUGGCUUGUAAAACAAACUAAAGAAAAUAUGCCUAAAGAAUUAGAUUUUACUAUUGAAGCAAAAAAUACAGAAACUAUUCGUUCAAUGUUUAAACACUUUACAUGGCUAAAAAUACCAAAAAUUUAUGAAAAUUUUAGUUCCUCUAGAGUAUUAACAUUAGAAUUUUUGGAGGGCGGUCAAGUUAAUGAUAUUGAAUACAUUAAACAAAAUAAGAUCAAUAUUGAUGAAAUAUCUGAUAAGAUUGGUAACUUAUAUAGUGAAAUGAUUUUUAAAAAUGGUUUUGUACAUAGUGAUCCACACCCUGGAAACCUAUUGGUGAAAAAAGAUGAAAAUGGAAAACUUAAUCUUAUAUUAUUAGAUCAUGGAUUGUAUGCUACUCUAACAGACAGUUUUAGACGUACAUAUGCUAAAUUAUGGAUAAGUAUAUUAGAUAAAAAUCACGAUCAAAUGAAAAAGUAUUGUACAAAAUUAGGAGUUAAAGAAAUGUAUGGAUUAUUAGUAUGUAUGAUAGCUGGACGUACUUGGGAUUCUAUUCAAGAUGGCAUUGUAACUAAAAAAAUUACUAAAGAAGAAAGAGAACAAUUUCAGUCAGAUAUUCCUAUGAUACUUACAGACACUUUAUAUAUUCUUCAAACUGUCAAUCCACAAAUUUUGCUUCUUCUUAAAACUAAUGAUCUAAUACGUGGGAUUGAUACAACUUUAGGAACACAUUCUAAAUUGACUUCCUUACGACCUAUGACUGUUAGUUGUAUAAAUACAGUGUAUGAAAAACAAACACCUAAAUCUUUUAUGACGGAAUUAAGUAUUAAAAUUAAAAAACAUUGGGCAUUAUUUAAAGUAAGAUUAUUUUAUUUUUGGAUUGGCUUAUUUGAUGUUGUGUAAUAUUUUCAUUGAGUUACAAUCUUUUUUUGUGCGAUAAGUUAUAGUAAAGUUCAAAUUAUAUUUAUUACCAUAAAUGACUGUUAAAAAUUUAUUAUAUAUUUAUU